AUGAUCUUGGUGGCACAACUUGUAUCGUUUCCAAACGGAAUCCUCGGGGAUGGCUCGGGCAAGGAGCUCUUUACCUCCUUAGUACAGUCCGGCAUUCGCGUGAGCAAGGCAGGAGAGAGGUGUCACAUCCCCGUGGACAAGGUGAUCUACUCCUGCUUGAUCAACGCUGGCCUCGAGUCCAAGCAGCUGAAACGCAUCCCUGACUUACUGAAGAAGUUCAGCCAGGCAUCGCUCAGGGCCAAGGAUCACAUUUUGCACUUCCGCUGCUACGUCCAGCUGGGCCAAGCCGAUGAUGCACUGCGGCUGUUUCGCCGCCUGGCGCCUGAGGUGACCAACCUCAUGCUGAACUUGUCGCUGCACGCCUGUGUGAAUCAACGUGACCCCGAAGCGGCGUACGCUUUGCUGCUGGAAGCCAAAGAGAUGGAGCGGCACCUGAAGGAGAAGAUUGUGGACGUCGUCUCCUACAACACAGUGCUGAAGGGCUUCUCAGCUGCGAAAUGCUCCGAUCGAUGCUUCGACUGCAUGAAGGACUUGAUCGACCACGGCCUUCAACCCAACGAGAUUUCACUCGCGGCGUUGAUGGAGGCCGAGAUCGGCGAGGUCCUGCUUCGCUCGACCUCCAUGGGAUCAAAGCUGACCCCUGGGCUCUACAAGGCCUUCCUUCGAGGCCUGGUCCGUGCGAACCAGAUCUCGAAGGCCGUGGCACUCUAUGAGGCCAUGAAGGAGCAAAAAGUGGCGCUGACGGACAUCGCCGUCUUUUCGGUGUUGAUCAAGGCCCUGGUGGAUCAGCGAGAUUCAUCGAAGGCCUUUGAAUUGGUGGAGGAUUUGAAAGCUGGGGGAUUGCAGUUGGACGAUUUGCUGCUGACGCAUUUGUUGGAAGCAUGCAGGCACGACUGCAACUACCAGCUGGGGAAGAAGUUUUAUCAAGAUGCAUUGGAUUCAGGUGUCAUCCCAUCUGACGUCACUCUGGUCACCCUGCUGAAACUGUUGGGCCGUUGUGCUGCCUCGGAGGAAGCCUUCCAAGUGCUGAAGACAUGGGAGAGUCUUCACAAGAGGCGGCCCUCAGUGAUUCACUACACCUGCCUGAUGCAAGGCUGCUUUCGCUCUAAGAACUACGAGCUGGCUUGGGCCUCUUACCAGCUGAUGUUGGAAAAUGGCAUUCAGCCAGAUGACACGACCAUCUCUACCAUGAUCUCCGGAAUGGUGCAGGGACAUCAGUGGGACAAGGUGUUGCCGCUGGCGCCCUUGGCCUCCCUAGCCACCCUGCGCCUGGCGGCCAACAAAGCGCCGGAGCAAGAGAUGGGGCAACUGAAGGCACUGAUGAAGAAAGCUUCGCAGAAAGGAGCUUAG